AUGCCUGAAGCAACACUCCCUCCUUUCCCUGAUGAUGUGCCCACCCACCCCCUCCUCAUCGUUGACUACGAGCGUAUAAAGGCAGGUGAUCAACAAGAGAUUGACAUUAUGUGGAAGGCAGCAACGACUCUUGGGUUUUGGUAUUUGGGGAACCAUGGAGCUGAUACACAAGUGACAAGUAUGUUUGAAAUGGGGGCGGAAACUAUGGCUUUGUCUAUGACGGAAAAGUUGCAAUUUGAACAAGGAGACGAUGGGCAGUCUUUUGGGUAUAAGAAAGCUGGUGCUAAUGCCACAGAUGAAACUGGAAAAACCCUCGAUACCGCUGAGUUUAUCAAUGUGGCGAAGGACGACGUAUUGGCUUACCCCAGCGUCGCUAGACGCACCUAUCCACGAACUGUAAAUGCUCGUAUGGAGUCGACUAUCACGCCUUUCGUACAAAAGUCGUUGGAAGUCAACUAUACUAUCUUACGUAUAUUCAAUGACAAGCUUGGGCUUCCUGAAGGCACUCUUGCUAGACUCCACUCCCUCGACGAGUUCAGUGGAAGCGAGGCGAGGUGCAUUAGGAACCCUCCUUUGCCUGGAAAGUCGUUGUCCGAGACAGUUGCUCUUGGGGCACAUACAGACUUUGGCUCACUUUCAUUCCUGCACAAUAAACUCGGGGGGCUGCAAGUUCUGCCACCCGGGUACGAGGAGUGGCAAUAUGUCAAGCCGAUUCCUCGUCAUGCCAUAUGUAAUGUAGGGGAUGCUCUGUCACUCUUCAGUGGUGGUAUCCUCCAAUCCAAUAUUCAUCGCGUAGUCCCUCCACCAGGAGCACAGAGCCACUUCGAGAGAUGGUCUCUUGUAUUCUUUACGCGACCGGGAGAUUCGGUUAUCCUUCGAGCUUUGGUAGAAGACAGCUCUGCGAUUGCCGAUGCUGUAGCACAGAAGUCUGACAAAAGCUUCGAGACGGACUCGACAGCGGCCGCUUGGUUUGCUCGACGAGUCAAGAAUCAGAGGAUUAAGAAUCGUACUGGUCCGGAGACCUGGAUGGCAAGUAGAGGGACAGAGCACAAAUUAGCUGCCGCCUAG